GUUGUUUGUUUUGUUGUUUCAUUUAUUUGUAAAACGAAUUUGUCGUUCACAGUGUCAGUUUGAAUUUUACUUGAACAAUGUUUUAGGGCUACCUUGUUUAUCAUCAAUGCCUCAUUAGGAUUUCGUACGCAGAGUGAGAAGAGGAGAAGAGCUAAUCUACGCUAUGGAAGGCCCCCAGAUAAUGUAUGCAGACCCUGCUUUGAUUGAUACAAUCGUGGGCGAACUGAAAUCUCAAGGAACUUUUGAUCAGUUCAGAAAAGAAUGCAUAGCUGAUGUAGAUACCAAGCCUGCGUAUCAGAAUUUACAUCAAAGAGUUGAAUCGACUGUUGCCAACUUUCUUGAGGGGAAAGUAUGGAGGCCAGAUCUUAACAAGAAUCAACUACGAGAUAGCCUACGAAAACAUAUCCAUGAAAUGGGAUUUUUGGAAACUGGUGUAGAACGAAUUGUUGAUCAAGUUGUUAAUCCUAAAGUGAAUGCUGUUUUCAUGCCACAAGUUGAAGAAGUUGUUUAUCGUGUUCAGGGUAUACCCAAACCUGAUAAGAAACCAACAGCUACUUCUUCAUCUGCUGUCGGAUCUACCUCGAAAAAUGGAGGUGUUUUCAGUUCUGGUCUCUUUAAUCAGCCACCUCCUUUCUUGCCUGGACUUUCUUUUCUGCCUGCUGCUCUACAGAAUCAUAUGCAGAAGGCUCCUACAUUAGCUGAUUUACUUCCAACUGACCUAGAUCCCGUCUCACCAGAGAGUAGCAAAGAUUCAGAGGAUGAAACAGAUACGAAAGGUCGAGCUAGAAACUCCACUAUUGUUGAAGAAAGUGAUAUUAUUCAACACCACGAUGAUUCUAUGGAAUCUCAGUUGUCUGGUAUCUCUGAUCUCACUAGUCAUGGAAGUGAACAUGGGCAUAGUAUAAAGUCAGAAAGGAGAAAUUUGGGUAUAUGUGAAGAGGUCAAUGAUGAUGACAGUCAACUUUCUAAAGUUUCUUCCAACAGCAAACUGUCAUGUGAAUCUGCAACCAAAGAUCAGCCAGAAGAGAAGCCUGAGAUUUCAUCAGCAGUUGAUCUGGAUGCACACAAAACAAAUGGUACACUUGAAACAAGUUAUGAAAAUGCACAGGAAAAGUCUGCGUUCCCUGGAGAGCCUGGAGGCUCUGUUGUUGAGUAUGGUGACCAAUUUACCAUGGAGGAAGAAGUUGCUACUACUGUUCAAAAUGAUCAUGAAGUAGUGGCUCAUGACAACAUUAUUAAAGAAGAAAGUCAGGCUGUAGUCUUGUCUGAAGAUGUUAAAAACGUUGAUGAUAACAUGUCUCUAGAUAACUGUUCUGAUGUUGACAAAAAUUUGGAGUCCUUGCACUCUACAUUCGAACAUUCUGAUGUCAAAUUUCAUGAUGAGAACUCUACCCCUCAAAGUGAAGAUUCACAGUUCUCAGGCUCUUCAGAUAAUAAGCUUCAUAUUGAUGAAAUGAAAGAAUUUAACUCACAGUCUGAAAAUUCACAUCAGAAUCAGGAUGAGCAAAGCUGCUUGAAGACUUCAUCUGAGGGUUUCCUCAGUGAAGAAAGUAACAAAUGUAAAAGUACUGUAGAGAAUGUUGUUGAAGCCUCUGAAGAAGCUCGACAUGGGUUUGAUGACAGUCAAGAUGCAUUGGAAAGACCACCUGUAUCAAUGCCACCUCUCCCUCCAAUGCCCCCUGCUGACAGUAGCUCAGAGGAGAGACCUCCGCCUCCACCACUAACACCACCUGAGAAAAUUUGUGCACCAGGAAGGUCAGUUUCUCCUUCCAGCUACUGUAAUGACAUCAAGCCUGUUCAUUCAUCUCCAAUGUUGGCUGACAGCUUUUGUGAACGUCCGCCACUGCCACCAACUUCACCAUUAGUUGAAAGAGCAAACAUGGAAGUGCCUCCUAUUCCCUCAAUGCCACUUCAAAUUGAAAGAAAUGAAGGUUCCCAUCUCCCUUUAUCUCCAAGAACAUCUCUUAUUUUAGAAACUGCUGUUUCGCAAGAGAUCCCAGAAACAGCUAAUGAAUGCCCACAUUUGCUACCUACCUCAUCUGGAAGAUUGACUCACGUUCCUCCCUUACCACCUUCUACUCCACCCUUACCAUCUACAACGCCUCCCUUACCACCUGCAACUGCUCCCCCUCCACCUGCAACCCGUCCCCUACCACCUGCAACCCCUCCCUUACCAUCUACAACCCCUCCUUUACCAUCUGCAAGUCCCUCCUUACCAUCCGUAACCCCUCCAUUACCAUCUACUACGCCUCCCUUACCGCCUGCAACUGCCCCCCCGCUACCUGUAGCUGCUCCCCCGCCACCUGCAACUGCUCCCCCGCCACCUGCAACUGCUCCCCCGCUACCUGCAGCUGCUCCUCCGCCACCUGCAACUGGUCCCCUGCCACCUAGAACUGCUCCCCUGCCACCCACAACUGCUCCCUUGCCACCUGUAACCCCUCCUUUACCACCUGUAACCCCUCCUUUACCACCUGCAACCCCUCCUUUACCACCUGCAACCCCACCUUUACCACGUGCAACCCCUCCUUCACCACCUGCAACUCCUCCCUCACCAUCUACUACUCCUCCCUUACCACCUACUAACCCUCCCUUACUACCUACAAUCCCACCCUUGCCGCCUACAAUCCCACCCUUACCGUCUACAAUCCCACCCUUACCGCCUACAAUCCCUCCCUUACCGCCUACAAUCCCUCCCUUACCAUCUGAAACCCCUCCCUUGCCAUCAGCGACCCCUCCCUUACCACCUGCAACAACACAAUUUCCUGUUAAAUUGGAUACCUCUCAAUGCUCACCUUUAGAAGUAUCAGCAGAAGAAAUUAGAAAAAAGUCCCCUGAAGAAGAGGUGAGUGGUGACUCAUACAUCUCACCUUCGUAUGAUGAAAGUGCCAUUCCUAAAACACCUCGAUGGGAACCAAGAUCUCCAAAGGAGGAAGAAAGGGACACCUUUUCUUCAUUUGAAUUUUUAGGUAACACAAGCAAAAUUCCACAAAGUUUUAUUCCUUCACUAAAGAAGAGCGACCAAGAUGAAGAAUCACAAUCUGGCUCAGAGGAAAUGCAGUUGGCAUGGAGCCCACUGUCUGCUCACGGAGAAGAUGGAAAUGAAGACAGUGGUGGAAGAAAGUCCAGAGAAUUGCCUGAACAACAUGAUGCAAAGUUCUCUGAUAAGAGAAGUUCAUCUCAUACAACAGCUCAAGAAGUCCCAGUACCUGAAAAAUCAAAUUUAAUUGCAGGGCAUUGUGAAAAGCAAACCCAGGAAAAAGAUAAAGUAGAGAAAUGUGAUGCUGUGGAUAGAGAUAAGAAUAAAGAACGAGAUCGAACAAAAGAUGAGAAAACUAAAGAAAGGUACAAGGAAGAUGAUCGAACCAUCAGAGACUCCUCAUCAAAGAAGAACGAUGAGAAAUCAAAACACAGUAGGGAGAGGAAAGACAGCUAUAGGUCAAGGCAUGAUGAGAAGAAUCGUUCUGAGAAAGAUAGAGAUCGCCAUUCUUCAUCAUCACAUCACAGAGCAGAUGAUAAAAAGAGGGAUGAAAAAGAAAAGAGCUCGUCCUCAAGAUACAAGUCAAGUCGUUCUGAUGACCGCCAUCGACAUAGAGACAAAGAGAGAAAGAACAGUAGCAGUGGCUCCAGCAAUGUGCGACAUGAGGAUAAAAGUCGUGACAGGUCAUCUAAAUCUGAAGACAAGUCAAAAUCGUCCUCCAAAAGCCACUCAAAUGACCGUGACAGACGAGAAAAAGACAGAGACAAAGAUAGAGAUAGAGACAGUAGGGAUAAAGACAGGAAGUCAGAUAGAGACAAAGAACGUUCAAAGAAGGAAUCUGUGAGGCAAGAUGAGAAAAAAAGGGAGAAAGAGCGUGAGAAAAUAAGGAAAGACAAGAAUUCUAGUGUUUGCCGCCCUAGUAAUGAGCGACGGUCGCCUGAUUUAGAUAGCAAUAAUGGAUCUACGUUUGGAGGUAAUAAUCAGACCUCUUCCUCUACAGUUAAUAAAAGCAACCAAGAUAGUAGCACUCAGGAAAGUAGUAAAGGAACAGGGUCAAGCGAUUCAAAUAGCAAGAGUAGUGAAUCAAGUCAACAGAAUGGUGCUUACUCAGAACCCUCCUUAUUACUAUCUCCUAAUACCCAUGGUCCUUCAUCAUCAUUACCCUUCAAGAAACGGCCUCUUUUACAAGACAAUGAAGCAAAAAGCGAGUUUUCCGGGAAAUUGAUUUUGAAGAUAAGAAAACUAAAUAGUUCUAAAAUUAUAGUAGAUGCAAGGGCAAAGAGAAUGAGAGCAGUAAGAAAACUUGAAAAAAGAUCCGUAAGAAAUUUAACCUACCUGUCCAAGUUCUCAUUCAGGGUUGAUCAUCAAGCUGAAUUACCUCUGAUGGACCAUGGGCCUCCUACAAUGUAUUUUGAAACAGAUUGGCCAUCCAAAUCAGAUGAUGAUGCUUUUCUUGCUUAUGUUCAAAACUUAGAACAAAGCAAAGCAUUAUGUGCUCUUUCAGAUUAUUCAGGAUCGGAUUCAGAGGAGGAAGAAAUCCUGAACUUAGAUGACACCAAAAGCAACUGUGGACUGGAGAGUAAUAAUAUAAUGCUCUCUCUCUCUGUGCUAUCUGAUAAUCAAGCAGCACAAUUAGCAGAACAAAGUUCACCUGUUACCAAACAUAAAAUGAAAAAUUAUUUGCCCGAUCUAAAAUCAAGCAGUACUAGUUCAAAACAUAAGAACCGCACAAAACGAAGAAAAUCACUUGAGGACAAUUUUGAAGGGAAGCGCUGUAGAUUCAAUUCGAAGGAAGCAAACGAUCCUGCUCCUACAGAACAAAAGUCUCGACGUGCAAGGAAACCCAACAAGAGAUACUCCAAUGAUGAGUUCACGUCUACUUUUGACUAUGAAGAAGAAUCAGAGGAACUUGAGGCUAUCGUUGAAGACAAAAACCUGGAGGAUGUUGAUACACCUAUUGCAAUGGAAAGUGAACUGUGCAAGUCUGAAGCACAAGUUUUAUCUACAUCUACUUCACAAUAUGAAACAAGGGAGCUUUUUGUAUCUGGAAGUAUUGAUCAACAGGAGAAAGAGAACAAAAUCAAUACCCCAAUAGAGAAUAAAUCCUCAGCAGUUAGCCAACCCUCCAAAUCAAUUAGUUGCCAUAACAAAGAACCAUCAUAUUCAUGGAAUAGAGAUUCUUAUAAUUCAAAUAGUGAGGAUGAAAUAGAUAACACAAAUAAUGAAAAUGAUCUUAUUGGAACUGCCCUGAAGAAUCUUAUGAUGGAGAGUGGUUUGGGCGGUCCAGAUGAAGCAUCAGGAUCUGAAAAGCUAUCCUCAAACUCUCAUUCAAACUUGCCCAACACAUUAUCAGGAAAGCAAGGGAAGUCUAUCCCCCUCUCUGGUGUGAAGAGAGUUGGUCUAAGCAAAAACUAUAAGGGAAAUAAAAAGUUCUCUGUAAAACCUGCAGUUGCUGCAUUGUCUUCCAGUGAAUUCUCCCUUCCUCUUAGUCCCGAUAGUGAUGUCUCAGCAUCCACUUAUGAUAAGGGACCAACCAAAAAACUUAAAGCAUCUUCUAGCUCUGAAGCUUCUGACAAAGAUGUAAGUGCAGAGGCAAGCAAGCUUGAUAGCAGUCGCAUCAAGCAACAUUACAGUAGUGAUGACUUAUAUAAACCCCGCCCUCCUCUCAGACUGACGUCGAAACGCCGGCAAGUACUGUCUGACCAUGAUGAAGUCUUUUAAAAAAGAAUGAUGAAAUAACUGUUUUCAUGAAUUGUUUUAUUGUUAAUCAGUAAUAUUUUAAAGAACAAUUGACAUUCUGUUGUGUCAAAUUAAAGAAUACAAAUGAACUAAA